AUGUAUGCCCAAUUCGUCACAAAAAAAUGCAUGCCAAAAAUGGUUCGUUCGGAAGAAGAAUCCGUUGAACCGACAGUGAAACUCCACAGUAUGGAUCAUUUACUGAAUACUGUCGGUCAUCUCGGUCGGACGUUCAAUGCAGAGUGGAAACCGAUCGAUGUUCGGGAAGAUCACAAUCAAGCGUGGUAUCGAAUAAUGUGGAAAGAAGUGAGCAAUCUCGCUACUCUGGCGAAAGCGGGUAACCUGAAAGAUCAAAAUUUCAAUUUUUUUCAUUUGGUGGAUAAAUUCCGUGAUGGUCUUCAUUGGUCCACAACACCAUGGAGCAGUCGAGAAGAAAUCUUCCAAAUGAUCGCCGGUGCUUUUCGAGAUGCUGUAGAAAUCAAACAAGCCAUGCCGAGAAAUGUCCUGGAUGCGAUGACUGAUCGUUUAUUAGGCACCAAUAACACGAUCCAUCGUAAAUGUGCCGAAACUCUUCUGUUCGUGGUGAAAAAUCGACAAUCAUUGAGCGAACAACAAAUGGAACAAAUCGAAAAUAAACUGAAACACGCCAAUGACACCGGGGCGAAACAACAUCUGAUUGAACUCUACGCAUUUCCAGAACCAAAAGAAAUCAGCACGCUGUUGACACAUGCUGAUCGAAAUCAACCAUUGCCGAAAAGCAUCGAUGAACUUCUGCGACAGAUUUAUUACGAUCCUAACGGUACAGUGAUGGAACGAUUGAUGGAAGAAGGUGCAAAACGUUACAUUCAUGGUUUUGCCAAUGAUUUCGUCGACAAGUAUCACAAAAGUGAACUUCAAAUCGAUCCGCAUGCUGAAGAAAAACUCGGCCAAGUCGUUGAACGAUGUCACACGGAAGGUGGAAAACUGGCAAACAUGAGCGAAGAAUUGGCUCUAAACGUUAAGGGUGGCAAACAAGGUGGCGUUGUUGAGCUGUGUGUGAUGGCGAUGCUGACCAAGAAGCCGAUCACAGUACUCCAACAACAAUUGAAUGGUGAAGCGAGUGAAGGCAAUGGAAGUGUUCAGAUGGUUCACACGUCAUCGACAAUUGACAAAACAACGGGAAAAAUGAUUGAUGGUCAUUACGAAUUGGCAAGCGACACCACUGCUAAAGGUAGCCCAAAUGAUUGUUUGUACACGGCUAUUCUGAGCAAAACACAUGCUCAAUUUCCAUCGGCCAAUGAAAUGCGCUGCAUUCAUAUUGACCAAUCCGGGCUUCAUCUCUGGAAUUCAUCCGGCUUUGAGCAUCAUCAAUCAGACUCGAAAUCCGCUUCGUUGGAAAGAAUUGAUGGGAGAAGCAAAGACAAUGGGGUCGUUCAAGUCGAUUAUGACAUUUCCGUAAAAAAGCCACGACAAAAGGACUUUAAUAUGCAUCUUUCGGUCAAUGCUGAUGAAGCCAAUGCAAAGUAUAAACAAGACGAUCAUUACGGCGGUGUUAUGUGGGCAGACGGACAGAAAAAAAACACAAUCCACAAAUUCUUACCGGACGGUGAGCUGCAGAGCAGACGACCACUGGGCAAAACUGCUCAACCAGAAAAGCAAGAAGAACCGAAGCGUAUAUUAACUGGAAAACCAUUACCAACAGGAGAAACCGUGACUUACACUAAAACAGUUUGGCGAUACCCACCAUCUUCGAAAGAUCGAAAAUAA